AAUGGUGUGUGCUUCGAAGAUGAAAAAUUUAGCCACAAAGCUGUUCGAAGUCAAUGCGUUCAAGUUUGGUGAUUUUAAAAUGAAGGUCGGCAUCAACUCGCCGGUUUACUUUGAUUUGCGCGUGAUCGUAAGCCAUCCGGAUGUGAUGGACAUGUUGUCGGAUAUGUUGCACGAGUUCAUCAGCGAGAAGAAGCUAAACACGUCCGGAGUACAUCUGUGUGGAGUACCCUACACAGCGUUACCAUUGGCAACGCUUAUUUCAAUUAAGGCCAAUAAACCGAUGCUAAUACGGCGCAAGGAGGCGAAAAAGUAUGGCACGAAAAAGUUGAUCGAGGGCAAAUUUAAUGCCGGUGAUGUGUGUCUCAUCAUCGAGGAUGUCGUUACGUCCGGAUCGAGCAUCUUGGAAACGGUGGAUGAUCUAAGGUCCGAGGGAUUGAUCGUAACCGACGCCAUCGUUGUGGUUGAUCGCGAACAGGGUGGUGCCCAGAACACGGAAGAACGUGGCGUCCGUAUGCACUCGCUGUUUACGCUGUCCUAUCUGCUGCAAACCUUGCUGGAAGCGAAAAUGAUCGAGGAGAGUACGGUAAAGGCGGUCGCUAAAUACAUCGACGCUUGCCAGAUCCGGAGCGAUGGAUCGUUCAUCAAAAACGGUACCACAGUAGUGAACGAUCUGAGUCGUACACGCAUGAGCUUUGAGGCCCGUACCGAUCUUGCCAAAUGUCCACUAGCGAAGGACCUAUUGAAGCUGAUGGCAACAAAGCGGACGAUGCUUUGCCUAGCGGCCGAUCUGACCAACGCGGAGGAAAUUCUUAACCUAGCCGAUGCGGUCGGUCCCUACAUUUGUCUGCUAAAAACGCACUGUGACAUUAUAGCGGACUUUAGCGAGCAGUUUGUACGCUCGUUACAAUCGCUUGCCCGGCAGCAUAAUUUCCUGCUCAUGGAGGAUCGUAAAUUUGCUGACAUUGGUAAUACGGUCGCUCAGCAGUAUUCGGGCGGGUUGUAUCGAAUUGCUGACUGGGCCGAUCUGGUUACCGUCCAUGCGCUGCCCGGUCAGGGUGUGCUGAAGGGCUUAAAGUCGGUGAUCGGUGUGGAUAGAACGGUUGCAUCGCGCGGUGUCUUUUUGCUCGCCGAAAUGAGUACCGAGGGUGCGCUGACGGAUGAAAAAUAUUCCACCGCUACGAUGAAAAUGGCCACCGAAAUGGAUACCGAUUUUGUGGCGGGUGUCGUGUGUCAAAGCAAGGAUCUAGUUGCAUCGCCCGGUUUGUUGCAGCUUACGCCGGGCGUUAAGCUGCAGGAGGGAGUUGAUGGGCUCGGCCAACUUUAUGACAGUCCGGAACGGGUGGUAAAGGAACGCGGUGCUGACGUGUGUGUGGUCGGGCGUGGGAUACUGUCAUCCAAAACACCGUCGGAAACGGCACGAAUUUAUCGCGACCGAUUGUGGGAAGCUUAUUUGGAGCGGAUCGGUGUGGAGAAGAAUGGAGGUGAUGGGAAUUAA